AUGAUAAACCGAGUGGCAUCUUCAAGCUCCCACUGGGUGGGACCUCGGGACGAGCAUCUAUUGUUGAGCUUUAUAUUCGAUGAAAGAAUCGCUACAAUUCACACCAUGACCAGCAUUGUCUCAAGCUACCUAAAGACAUCGACAGAAAUGACGCUGCUCCAACAACGGAAAAAAUGGUAUCUGCCCAAUUGGUAUUCAGCCGUCGAUAGCAAAGAGGAGAGGAAAUUGAUUCUCAAGUUGGACUUGUUGAUUGUUCCCUACGCUUUUCUCGCCUAUUGGACAAAAUACCUUGAUCAAGGGAAUCUUAAUAAUGCAUACGUCUCCGGGCUCAAGGAAGACUUGAAUCUUCAAGGCAAUGAUUUAGUUCAACUGCAAACUUUUUACACUGUCGGAGCAGUAGUGGGGCAACUACCUUUUUUGUAUUUGUUUACAAAACUCCCGAUGCAUUGGAUUAUCCCAUUGAUGGAUAUCGCAUGGGGCAUUUUUACUUUGUUGCAAUACCGAGUUACAAGAUAUGCAGAGCUGGCGGCAUAUCGCUUUUUAGUUGGAUGGUUUGAGUGUCUACAAAUUGAUCGCUGA